AUGGAGACCAAGGUACUCGAGUACAUGAGGCAGCAGAAUCGGCCUUUCAACGCCCAGAAUGUGUUCGACAAUCUCCAUGGGGCCGUGCCGAAGGGCUCUGUACAGACCAUCAUGGAUGCACUCUGCGCUGCUGGGAAGCUCGUUUUGAAGGAGUACGGCAAGAUCAAGGUCUACUUGGCUGCGCAGACUGCGCCCACGGCCGACGGCGAUGAAGAACUGGCGGCUACAGUGCAGCAGGCGGCAGCCCAGAAGAAGGACAUCCAGGGGCAGGUCGAUGAUGUCCGCAAGUCGCUGUCGCAGCUCGAGAGCAAGCAUGCAGCUGCACGAGAGGCGAAGGCAGCUGCGGAGGAAGUUGCGAAGCUCGAGUCCAAGGCCGCCGCACUCCGCGCGGCAUCGGGCGAGGAGGCGGUGGACGAGCGCGAGGUCGUCGCCGUGGAAGAGGCGCUGAAGAAGGCCGCGGGCACCUGGCGCAAGCGAAAGCGCCUGUGUGUGGACGCCCUGAAAACCCUGGGAGAGGGCAUCGGAGCGAAGCUGCAGCAGCUCUGCGAGCGCUACGGCGUGGACACGGACGAGGACUGCGGCCAUGUUAUGCCCAAGGAAUUCAGCUGA